AAGUAGAAAAAGAGGAAAAAGGAAAGAAUAGAUACAGAGGAAACCGAAACGGCAACUACCAUUGACGGUUGGUCCUGAAAAAAUAAAAUUGACAUCUGGACGGAAGUCUGUCUAUUAUCAUUUCUUCAAGCAAACGACGACGUGACACACGCUUCACUCGCUGCUCCCCACUCUCCCCUCUCUUCAAUUUGUUGCUUCAGAUCUCUUUUCCUAUUUCAAUUUAGGGUUCCUAAUUUCAUAUAAAUCCCCUGCUUGUUCGUGCUCUUUCCGAAACACAGUGCAUAUAUACGCUACAUCGUCGCGCAUUUCACUCGAUCGAUGAGAAUUUUUUAGAUUUGCGUGUUCGAUCACUUGAUUUUUUUUUUGAUUUUUCAAAUUUUCACAUUGUGCGAAAGGAAUGGCGGUGGAUUCUGGACCUGUGACAGCUGGACAGGUGUCAUUUUUGCUUGGAGUAAUUCCAGUCAUUGUGGCGUGGAUAUAUUCUGAGUGGUUGGAAUAUAAAAAGUCAUCAUCCCAUUCCAAAGUUCAUUCAGAUAACAAUUUGGUUGAAUUAGAAAGUGAAACAAUCAAAGAAGAUGAACGAACUGUGUUGAUGGAAGGAGGCCUUACAAAAUCUUUGUCUGCAAAGUUGCACAGUCCAUCCAUUAAGACAAACUUAAUCAAGUUUGUGAUGAUGGAUGACUCAUUUUUGAUGGAAAAUCGACAACUUUUAAGGGCCAUGGCUGAAUUUGGGGGAAUUUUGUUCUAUUUCUACUUAUGUGACCGCACAAAUUUUUUCGCAGAUUCAACUAAGAGCUACAACCGUGAUCUGUUCCUUUUUCUGUACGCUCUCCUUAUCAUAACAUCAGCAAUGACUUCUUUCAAGAAACAUAACGACAAGUCUGGAUUUUCUGGGAAAUCCAUACUUUAUCUUAACCGUCAUCAGACUGAAGAGUGGAAAGGGUAUAUGCAGGUUCUGUUUCUGAUGUAUCAUUACUUUGCUGCAACUGAGAUGUACAACGCGAUUCGUGUUUUCAUCGCUGCAUAUGUUUGGAUGACUGGUUUUGGAAACUUCUCUUAUUAUUACAUCAGGAAAGAUUUUAGUGUUGCUCGAUUUGCUCAGAUGAUGUGGAGGCUAAACUUUUUCGUUGCAUUCUGUUGUAUUGUUCUUAACAACGACUACAUGCUAUACUAUAUCUGCCCCAUGCAUACCCUCUUUACACUUAUGGUGUAUGGAGCCCUUGGUAUAGGCCACACCUACAAUGAGAAAAGAUCAGUGAUGGCUCUGAAAAUAUUUAUGUGUUUUUUUGUGGUUAUCUUGAUAUGGGAAAUUCCUGGAGUAUUCGAAAUUUUAUGGAGUCCUCUCACCUUUUUGUUAGGAUACAGUGAUCCUGCAAAACCGGAUCUUCCACGGUUACAUGAGUGGCAUUUUAGAUCUGGGCUCGAUCGAUAUAUCUGGAUUAUUGGGAUGAUCUUUGCCUAUUUUCACCCCAAUGUUGAGAAGUGGCUGGAGAAAUUGGAGGAAGCUGAGAGCAAGAGGAGACGAGUGAUCAAAACAUUUAUCGUCACACUCUCUGUAAUUGCUGGCUAUCUAUGGUAUGAAUAUAUAUACACACUGGACAAAGUUUCGUAUAACAAGCUUCAUCCUUACACUUCGUGGAUUCCCAUAAGUGUCUACAUUUGCUUGCGAAAUUUCAGUCAGCAGCUUCGGAAUUUUUCUUUGACCCUUUUUGCGUGGCUUGGCAAAAUUACGUUGGAGACUUACAUUUCCCAGUUUCAUAUAUGGCUGAGAUCAAAUGUGCCAAACGGACAGCCUAAGUGGCUGCUCUGUUUUAUUCCGGAUUAUCCUAUGCUCAACUUCAUGCUCACAACUGCCGUUUACGUCUUGAUAUCAUAUCGGCUUUUUGAGCUGACCAACACACUCAAGUCGGCUUUUAUUCCGACAAGAGAUGACAGGAAGCUAUUUUACAAUUUUGUUGCCGGAGCUGCAAUCUCAGUGUGUUUAUAUUUUACAUCAUUCAUUCUUCUUCAGGUCCUUCAAUAAUAAGGUGGUGAAUUUGGAUGCUGUUAGUCAAAAGUAUACGGAAAAAAAGAACGUACAUGGACAUUCUAGAACUGGAAGUGGAAGCAGAGCAUUUCAGACAAUGCAUCUUCAAUUGCUGUUACUUGAAUGUAUAAAAUACCCAGUUUUGCCCCUCAAGCUACACUAAAUGAAAAAAGAAAAAAGAAAAACUGCAAGUAUUUUGUAAGAAAGUCGAUUCCACGGUUUUAUACCUUUUUCUUUUAACUUUUUAUAUAUAUAUAUAUAUACUAUAUCCUCCCUUCUUUCACGGGGGGAUUACGAUGUUUUUAGGUGACACUAUCUUCUGAUUAAAUGGUUGAGCAAUUUCCAUAGAGAAAAUUUUCAUUGGAUUGAUACAAUCACUGCAUCUGGUAUACUGUGUAUGUGUGUACAUUAUGUGGGAAGAAUGAAAAAGUUCGAGCACGCAACGUUUAUAUCUUU